CAGCCCUAGGCCCGCCUCCUCGGCCUCAGCCUCCUCUCAGAGCCGCCGUCCUCUCCCCCUUCCCGGCCCUUCGGAACAUCUGAGGCGACGGCUUGGCCUGGAAGGGAGAGAGGAAAGAAGCGACAACCCUUCCUCGUCCUUCGCCUCAGCCGGGCCUCGGCUCCCAGCUCUUUUCAGCCCCGCCGGGGAAGAAGGAGGAGGUUUGAGGCCUAGCCCGCAGCGCCCAAGCACCGGCCUCGCGUAGGCGGCCGCCCCGAAAAAAAGAGCUUCCUCCUGGGUAGAGGCGGGCCGGGCUCCAGUGGGGUCUCGGAACCGGCCUGAGGCGGAAGUUUUGGGGGUUCUUGUCGUUCAAUGGAGACAAGUAGAGACUAUGUUCCCGUGAAGUGAGCGCCACAGCUGAAGCACAGGAAUUUGCCUUAUUCUACAUCAAAUAAUCUACUCCAUCCAUCUUGUUAACUGCUGUCUACUCAGGCUGUAGUCCUACAAGGUUAUAAGCAGAUGCCAUGCUGCCACCUAAGUUUUUAAUGAGGUACCAGGAUCUGAACUCAAGUUGUUAAAUGAUCAUCUUGAGUCCCAAACUGGAACAUGGCUUGAAAUGAUAAUGAUGAUGAUGAUGAUGAUAGCAACUGCUGAAGAAUGAUGGGAGUUGCAGUGCAACAUCUCAGAGAGCACCAGGUCAGCGAAGGAUGCUUUAGAAUUUUGUGAAGAAUGCCUUGACCUGGAGAACCAUUCACCUGGAGAACCAUCCAUAUACUGUGAAACCAUGGAAACCUGACAACAGUUCUAACCCUGUCAACAUGAAAUGAAAUGUAAGCCCUGAAACAGAAUGGGUGACCUAAGAGACAUCUGUCCUCACCUGGAUUCCAUAGGUGAAGUUACUAAGGAGGAUCUGCUCCUCAAAUCCAAGGGAACAUGCCAGUCUUGUGGAGCAGGAGGACCCAACCUGUGGGCCUGCCUUCAGGUUGGUUGCCCUUACGUUGGUUGCGGGGAAUCCUUUGCCGACCACAGCACCCUUCAUGCGCAGGCUAAAAAGCACAAUCUGACAGUAAACCUGACAACAUUCCGUGUGUGGUGCUAUGCCUGUGAGAAAGAGGUAUUCUUGGAUCAGCGGCUGGCCUCGCAGACUCCAGCCCCACCAUCAAAAUUUGUGGAACAGGAUUCUUCUCCACCAGCCCAUCCUCUAAAAGCUGUUCCAAUUGCAGUAGCUGAUGAAGGGGAGUCAGAGUCAGAAGAUGAUGACCUAAAACCAAGAGGUCUUACUGGAAUGAAAAAUCUUGGGAACUCCUGUUACAUGAAUGCUGCGCUUCAGGCUCUUUCUAACUGUCCUCCGCUCACACAGUUCUUCCUAGAAUGUGGAGGGCUUGUGCGCACAGACAAGAAACCAGCACUCUGCAAAAGUUACCAGAAGCUGAUUUCAGAGGUGUGGCAUAAGAAGCGGCCAAGCUAUGUGGUCCCAAGCAGCCUGUCCCAUGGAAUCAAGCUGGUCAACCCUAUGUUCCGAGGCUACGCCCAACAGGACACACAAGAAUUCCUGCGCUGCCUGAUGGACCAGCUUCAUGAGGAGCUGAAAGAGCCCAUUGUUGCCGAGAUGCGGGACUCUGACUCGAGUGACACAGAUGACAAGAGGGAAGGAGACCGCAGCCCCUCAGAGGAUGAGUUCCUCUCCUGUGACUCAAGCAGCGACCGGGGUGAAGGAGAUGGACAGAGCAAAACAGGAGGCUCACUGGCGGAAGCAGAGCUGUUGAUCCAGGACGAGGCUGGACGGGGGAUCUCUGAGAAAGAGAGGAUGAAAGAUCGGAAGUUUUCUUGCAGCCACCGACGGAGUAACUCUGAACAAGUAGAUGAAGAUGCUGAUGUUGACACAUCUGUGACAGGGGGCGAUGGCAGGGCUUCCCCAGAAAUCCUCCCACCUCCCACUUCUCGUCCUUCCAGCCCCUCUAGGAUUCCAGAACCAGAUAAUGAGGCCUAUACCCGCUGCUCCUCUCGGCCCUGCAGUCCUGUUCACCAUGACAUGCACUCUAAGCUGUCGAGUAGUCCUCUGCGUUCAAGCCCAGUGAGGUUGGGACCCUCAUAUGUGCUGAAAAAGGCUCAGAUGUUGGCUUCUAGCAAGAAGAAGAAGGAGGUCCGUUACCGCAGUGUCAUCUCUGACAUCUUUGAUGGCUCCAUCCUGAGCCUUGUGCAGUGCCUCACCUGUGAUCGAGUGCGUUUCCUUAUCUCUGCUGAUCCAGUAUCCACCACUGUAGAGACAUUCCAGGAUCUGUCGCUUCCCAUUCCUGGCAAAGAGGACUUGGCCAAGCUGCACUCAGCCAUUUACCAAAACGUGCCAGCCAAGACGGGGACAUGUGGAGACAAUUAUGCCGCCUCACAGGGCUGGAUCGCCUUCAUCAUGGAGUACAUCCGGAGGUUUGUGGUGUCCUGUAUCCCCAGCUGGUUUUGGGGUCCUGUGGUCACCUUGGAGGACUGUCUUGCUGCCUUUUUUGCUGCCGAUGAGUUGAAAGGUGACAACAUGUAUAGCUGUGAACGAUGUAAAAAGUUGAGGAAUGGGGUCAAAUACUGCAAAGUUCUCCGGCUCCCUGAGAUCUUGUGCAUCCAUUUGAAGCGCUUCCGGCAUGAGGUCAUGUACUCCUUCAAAAUCAACAGCCAUGUCUCUUUCCCCCUGGAAGGGCUGGACCUUCGGCCUUUUCUGGCCAAAGAGAGCGUCUCUCAGAUCACCACCUAUGACCUUUUGUCUGUGAUCUGCCACCAUGGCACAGCGGGCAGUGGACAUUACAUUGCCUACUGCCAGAAUGUGAUCAAUGGCCAGUGGUAUGAAUUUGAUGACCAGUACGUCACAGAGGUGCAUGAGACAGUUGUGCAGAAUGCAGAGGCCUAUGUCUUGUUCUACAGGAAAAGUAGUGAGGAAGCUGUGCGGGAGCGGCAGAAGGUGGUUUCCUUGGCCACCAUGAAGGAGCCCGGCUUGCUCCAGUUUUACAUCUCUCGGGAAUGGCUCAACAAGUUCAACACCUUUGCAGAGCCUGGCCCCAUCACCAACCAUACCUUUCUCUGCUCUCAUGGAGGAAUACCUCCAAAUAAAUACCACUAUAUAGAUGAUCUUGUGGUGAUUCUUCCCCAGAACGUCUGGGAAUACCUCUACAACAGGUUUAGUGGCGGUCCAGCUGUAAACCACUUGUACGUGUGUUCAGUAUGCCAGGUGGAGAUUGAAGCCUUGGCCAAGAGGAGGAAGAUGGAGAUUGACACCUUCAUCAAGCUCAACAAAGCCUUCCAGGCAGAGGAGUCUCCCAGUGUCAUCUAUUGCAUAAGCAUGCAGUGGUUCCGUGAAUGGGAAUCAUUUGUCAAAGGCAAAGACAACGCAGAACCGCCUGGACCAAUUGACAACAGCAAGAUAGCUGUGGCCAAAGGAAAUGGCCAUAUCCAGGUGAAGCCAGGAGCUGAUUAUGGGCAAAUAUCUGAAGAGACAUGGAUUUACUUAAGCACGCUUUACGGUGGAGGCCCUGAGAUCGCCAUCCGGCAGAACGUGGCCCAGAUGCAGGAAGUGGAGAGUCUGCAUGGGGAGCAAAAGAUUGAGGCAGAGACUCGGGCAGCCUGAGGGACCAUGGAUCACUUGGGGAAGGUUGGGCUAGGCCCUGACUUCCACCUGGGGAGUGGACCUUCCACAUUCUGGACUGCAUCUGGACACUUUUGUAUUUUGGAACUCAAAACAUACAAAGCAGCCACUGCAACUACCUUGCCCUGCCCACAGUGCAUAAUGUUGCAACUAGCAGAAGCCAAUGUUAAUUUGAUGCUACCAAAUGCUGACAAGGUCUUAUAAACUGCUCUAAGACUUACAAGCAAAGGCCAUCUUUGCUCCGGUUCUUGUAAUUCCAGCAGAGGAAGAGGGUCUCCUUCUUGACAACUGGUUUCAGUUUGGUUUUUCGUACUGCAAGUCCUCCGGCAGCUCUGCCUUGUAGGUCUGAGUUUCUGCUUGGUGUGUCCUCAAAAGUGAGUUGGGAGACAAGUUUGCUGCUUUGUCCUGGCUUCCUGUCCAUGCCAGUCCUGUUAGUGAUCUUUGUGGCCUUUUCUGCCUGUGAGCAAAUGCAGGCAUGAUGAAGUUUUAAUUCCCUCUCCCUGCAAAAUUGAUAGUACAGGCAGCACCUCUGCAGGAGCCACACAUGGAAGAAAUUGGGGGAAUGUUUUCAGAUGCUGUUGAGUGCUGCCCUCCUUUCUAUCAGGAGGCAGCUGGGGGCUCUAGUUUUUUGGGGAAAUAAAUUCCAUUUCUUUUCCACAGAAGUGGGUUUGGCUUCCACUGUUCUGCUGACAAAGAGCUUUCAAUCUUAAAAUGUGGAUACUGUGAAUUGCUCUUUAUUUACAUAUUUAUUUACAGGGAUCAAACACACCCCUACCUCUUAUUUAAGAUUACCUUUUCCCCUUUCUGCCCCAAAUUUUUUAAGGAACAAGCACGCAGAAUAUUUUGCUCCCUUAUGAUUGACUUUGUGUUCCAUGACAAAACAUACAUGCUUGAUUCAGUCCUUUGUAAUGAUGCUGUGCUAACUGGAAGCUUCAUCUCAUAGACAGGGAUUUGUCUCACUCUGUACUGCAAGUCCAGAACACUGGAAGUGUCCCAGAGAAACAGGCAGCCUAGAGAAAGUCAAGUGGGGUAGCAAUGAUGACCAUCACCAUCACUACCCUAAGGUAGAGGUGCUGGAAUUAAAACUAUCCCAAUGUGCUGAUUCUUCCAGAAGGUUCCUUCUUUGAAACAUGACUAAGUUCUGCCAGAGGGGUCCAGUUGUGAACUCUCAACAAAGAGGGGCUUUCUUUGGCAUUGGAUCUGAUAGUUUGGUCUUAAACUCUCUGUUGUGCUCUUGAUUUCUCACUAUACCUUGCUCUCACUCUCCGUGUUUGUGUGUGUGCACACAAACAGUUUCUCACUCUUCUCUUGCUCAGUGCCAUCAAGAUUUAAGAGAGUGAUUGUGCAUAUGAGAUGGGAAAGGGGUGGUGGUACAGAUCCAUAAUACAGUGCAGUCUUUUGAGACGCUCCCUUCAGAGAGUGUUUCCUGAAAAAAACAUCCAAUGAUUCUCACUUUUUCAAAGAAGCAAACAAGCACAUGGGAGCUCCCUUGUUGAUGUUCCUUGGUGUUUCUGUGCUUUCCUCAUUGAUAUGGAUCUCCUUCCACCUCAAAGAACUCCUCCCUGGGCCACACAAGAGCACUUGAAUGACCUACUCUUGGUGUUCCUUGAUAUUGGAUGUCCAGCAACAUUUCCAGGGCCCAUUAUAGAGCUUUCAGGGCAGCCGUCCUUGUGCUGAGUUCUGUAUGUCACACUUUAAAGAAAUUGAGCCCUCAGACUGUUAAUAAUAAGCCUUGUGUGCUGCCAGUUCCUCCUUCAGUGCUAAGAACACAAGACAAUAAACCCUGCUUGCAUUCCAAGUCUCUAAA